AUUACGCCAUUUGAUGACGUCAAAAUGUUUUUUAUAAAGUUGUUUAUUUUCCCACCUACGCCCUUUUUCUUUUCUUUUCCUUAUGCACAGUUUCGAGUAAAGCUGCUGUUAGGUGAUUCUGGCAUGUACGUCUUGCUCGUGGGUGUACCUGCUCUACCUCUACCUACCGUCUAGGCUCUAGGCAGGCGUGGCUAUCUUCUGGUUUUUUACACGGUAAUACUUUUAAAAACUGUUGUUGUGUUAAUGUCAACAGGCUAAUUUUUUUUCUUUUUCAUGUAGCUUGUACGAGGUAGUUUGUGUAGGUUUAUGGAGUCGAAUAUUUGGCAUACUCUUGUACCGCGACAGAGAUGCAGACGGUGUUUUCAACAAACAUUCGCGUAAAUACUAGACAUUACAGAGCUGACAUGGCGAGUGAGAGAUCGAAAGGACACCGUGAAACCGCUAAAAUUUGGUUACGAAAGUAUGUGUGUGAGCAAAUCGUUGUUUCGUCAUCUACCACAUCUUUGAAAGUCACUGAUAAUCACAAAGAGCCGCCCUUGAGAACUUGUAGUAGCCCAUUAUCUCCAUUAUUAAGAUCAGAUUUGCCUCUUGAUAUCAAGCAGGAGUUUUUGGAUCGCAUUCGUGAUGCAACUAUUUCUGCAUUUCUUGUCGUCUGCAUGCGAUUUAUCAUUUUGACGUAUAAGAUUUAUCAUUCGCAAGUACAGCCAAGCAGCAUUUCCGCUACAAGGCCUAUCUCACAAAUCUGUCAAAAACUAGAGGUCAGAGACUGGAGAAAUCAAAGAUAUACGAUGCUUGUUCAAGAGCCACAAAUGUAUACUGGUAUUUUAAAAGGCUACUUUUGUGAUCGACAGAAAUAA